AUGGUACUUGAGAGAGAGGUGCCUAGCAGCCAAGAGAAGAAGAGACAUCAAGAUGACGGCAACACCAAACAUCAGGAAGAAAUAGCUAUGAUUAGAACAGUGUUCCUACAGUGGUUACCUUGGAUACUCAAAAUGAGUAGGCCAGGAAAAAAAAUUACUCGAAAAACAAUAACUUUAAGUAAUAGAAUGAAAGACUUGGAACUAAAGGAACGAUCAUCAAAAAGUCUGCUAGCAAAUGUUCUUGACAUUGAAGAUGACCUGAGGCAUUGCACGAGCAGCAAUAGUAGUUUUCUAAGAAGCAAGGUACACCAUAGAUACCGCCGACGAACGGAUUUGAAGCAUCUGGAUGAGGAGACCAAAUCUGACAGCUGUUAUUCGGACCAAAGCAAUCAAGCAUUUGCCAUUGAAAAAAUCCUGCUAUUCAGAAGGUCUAAGCAAAAGACUAUUUGGACUGCUGUUUUAGACUUUAUAGUCAGAGAACUGGACACAAUAUGCAGUAAGCGCAAAAUCCAGUGCCUAAUAGAAAGCAGUACCGGUGAAGAUACGAUUAAACAGAGCAACCUAAGAGCUAUCUAUGGAAACCUCAUGCUCAAACUCGAUCCUACCUCCACUUCGAGACUAUGGUGGUACGAUCCUGAAGCCAAUUGGCGAAAUAAGCUUGAUCGUCAAGAAGAGAGUUUAAAAGCAUUCUCUUCGGUUUAUGGUUGUUCAUGA